GGUCUUUGAUUUACAGUCGACAUGAUCGGCACAGAGUUCUUGGAUUAUUUAUCAAAGUUCCAAGUCGCUACCUAUGUCGGAGUUGAAGAUUUUGCGGAUAAAUUUAAUUUUCUCAUAACAGUUAUGGUUCUUAUGCUUUGUACAACAAUUGUCACUAUCAAACAGUAUAUGAUGAAACCGAUUUCAUGCUACAUGGCAACAGAUUUGGGUGGAAAAAACUUAUUAGAUUAUGUUGAGAACUACUGUUGGGUUCAGGGCACUGUCCCUAUAGCAUAUUCUGGUCGAGUACCAGAGACAGAUGAAGGUUGGGCGGAAUUAGAGAAGCAUAAACUACUGUAUUAUCAGUGGGUGCCAUUUGUUCUUGGCCUACAGUGUAUUUUAUUCUAUUUACCUCGAUUAAUUUGGCAAAUGAUAUGCUAUAACAGAGUAGGGACAGAUGUACAUCAUUUAGUCUUAUGUGCUAAUCAAGCAGUACAUGCUAAUGAUGAACAAAGAACUAAAAUGGUACAACACUUAGCAAAAACAUUAGAACAAUUAUUAUUUCAGCAACGUGAAUACCAUCAUGGAUUAUGGCCUCGAGUACGUCGUCGAAUGAAAAAAUGGGGUUAUUUAUUCUUCAUAAGUAAACGUCUUGGGACACGAUUAUUUGGAAUUUAUUUAUUCAUUAAAUGUCUUUAUUUAUUAAAUGCAAUCGGACAAAUAUUUAUGAUGCAAUCAUUUCUUGGUUUAAAAUCAAAUUAUACAUUAUUUGGUAUAACUAUAUCUAGAAAUAUUUUAUCUGGUCUUGAUUGGGAAGUGACAAUGAUUUUUCCACGUGUUGGAUUUUGUUUAGUUCCUUUAAAACAUUUUGGAUCUAAUAAUUAUGCAACAGCACAAUGUGUUCUACCAGUAAAUAUGCUUAAUGAACGUAUUUAUAUGUUUCUAUGGUUUUGGAUUGUUCUCACUGCAACAAUUACAGCUAUCAGUAUACCAGCGUGGUUUACACGUAUGAGUUAUGAAAAAUCACGUACACGUUUUAUAAAAAAAUAUUUAAAACUUGGUGAACAAGUUAGUAGGAAAGAUAGAUAUAUGGUCGAAAAAUUUACCGUAUUAUUUUUACGUAAUGAUGGUGUUUUUCUACUGCGUAUGAUUGCUAUCAAUGCCGGUGAAUUGAUUUGUUCUGAAAUAGUUUGUCAAUUAUGGCAUAUAUUUCGUGAAAAAUAUUUUUAUCGUGACUUAACACGUUGUAAACGUGGUUGUGAUGAAAUGCAUCAUUUAGGCUUGAGAUUAUCUCGUGGCAUUGUCAAUUUAAAAGAAAGAUAUUCCAAAGAAAAUAAAAUUAAAUUGGAAGCUACAGCUUCAGCACCUCCGCUUACUGAUGCACCUCUUGGAACAGAUGAAGACGAAGGUGGUUACGCUGAUGAUGAUGAAGAUGAACAGAAAGAUAUAAAAAAACAUUAUAGUAAAAAAUAUUCAUGGGAACAAAAAGAGUCCGUUUAACUAUAUUAUUGUUAACACAAAUAUCGUCACCUGUAAACAGUCAUAAAAGUUGCUUUGAGAUGUACAGAUUACAUAUUCAGCCCAUUUUUUUUAUAAACAUUUUUUAAUGAAAAAUAUUUAUUAUUAUUUUUUUGUUACAUUUGCUAUUUAUUAGUGAACUUAUUGAAGAUAUCGAAUGAGUUAUCUUUAGUUUACUCUCCUUUUUCUUGUGUUCAUUCAAGAAAACAAUUUCCCCCUUAUUGUACAGUUACCUUCUCAUUGAUUAUGUUUUCUUUUUUUUGAAUUGAUCAAGAGUUUAUGCAUUUAUGUAAAUCAUUUGUAAUUAAAUUAUUCAUCGUUAUACU